AGAGCUGGCUCCAAACACAGCCAUGGCUAAACGCAUCAUCCCUCUCUUCUCUUGUGUACUCUUAAUUCUGUUAGCCAUCAGAGCCACCCAAGCAGUGGAAUAUGCUAUCACCAACAAUGUUGCAACCAGUGGUGGCAUUCUCUUUCGUCACAAAAUAGGUGAAACCUAUGCCACGCAAACAAUGGAUUCUGCAGCUCAGUUCAUAUGGAGGAUCUUCCAACAAGAUUCUGCUGCGGACAGAAAGAACGUGCAGAAAGUGAACUUCAUCUUGGAAGACAAAGAUGGGGUGGCAUAUUCUGUCAAUAAUGAGAUUCAUCUAAGUUCAAGAUACGUUGGAAGCUACUCAGGAGAUGUGAGAAGAGAAGUCACUGGUUUGCUGUAUCAUGAGAUGACUCAUAUUUGGCAGUGGAAUGGUAAUGGCCAGGCUAAUGGAGGGCUGGUCGAAGGGAUUGCUGAUUAUGUGAGGCUCAAAGCUGGCUAUGCACCAAGCAAUUGGGUGAAGCCAGGUCAGGGAGAUAAGUGGGACCAUGGCAAUGACGUUACUGCUUAUUUUCUGGAUUACUGUAACAGUCUGAGAAAUGGGUUUGUGGCAGAACUGAACAAGAAGAUGAAGACUGGUUACAGUGACGAUUACUUCAUGCAGAUCCUUGGGAAGCCUGUGGAUCAGCUGUGGAAUGACUACAAAGCCAAAUACGGCAAUUAGGAAGUGUUGAUCUGCAAUAAACAGCUUAAUAUAAGGGCGUGUUUGUCUAAAUAAGGAAUAAGAUAAGAUGAUAUAUGUAUAUGUAUAU